CACCCAACAGAAAGUAUGGCCACAAAAUUGGAGCGUACACAAAACUGUUUUGCAAUCCGAGAGUGAAAGCUCGACGCAUCUGGCCGAGUCACUGCUUACCUGCCAACGAUACUUGACACACGACCAACACACGACAUUAUGGGUGCCUCACACAGCGAGCACGCUCCAAAGGCUGAGAAAGGCGACCUGGUGAAGAAGAUCAGGGCGCGGCUGGCUGCAGUGGAUCCCAACAAGGCGCGGGCACUGGGCGGGGUGUUCCUCUUCAACAUCAUCAAGGGAACCACCGUAUACUCUUGGACUCUAGACCUGAACCAAGUGAAAGUCUACGAAGGAGAACCAGACGAGGACCCUGACUCCACGUUCACCCUCACCGAGCACUACUUCAAGCAGCUCGUCACCGGCAGAGAAGAGGCCCGGGCCAUCAUGCAGGCUGGACGCUGUUCCGUCACCGGAGACAUCAUGAGAGCAAUGCAACUUGAACCCUAUAUUAAGCUUGAAUAGAGUUUAUUUUACAGUUUCUGCUUUGUACAUACUCAGAUGUUUUGUCUAAGAACAGGAGCUGCUCGCUUUUAUGUCAUCGUGAGUGCAAAACAACUUUGAACUUUAUUAUAAUUGGUUGAAGAUCAAAUUAUGUAGAAACUCAGUCUUUCUCUAAGAGAAAGAGCAGCUGUUACUAAUACUUAUUAAGUCUAGGUUAGCAUGGAACAACUGUUUGUUAGAAGAUACAAAUAGUUUUGUUCUUAAUGGAAAUAUUGCUGUGAACAUGGAGUUACCAUAUAUGCUCUAAUAUAGUAAGUAGUUUGGAGUUCCUUUAUUAUCAUUCACUCGCCAACCAUUUUCAUCAUAAUCAUCAUCAUCAUCAUUAUUUUAGCCCAGGUUU